CUCACGGUGGUGCCUGGGCGAUGCGAUGCUGUUGCUGUGGGUUUGAUUGACAGGAAACAUGUCGGUGUGGUGGGAGAGAACCGGGAUGCAGCUGCUGCCUAGGGAGACAGGGAGUACCUGCAUCCAGUCCGCACAUCAGCACCUUUAAAACCAGCAGGCUUUUCCCCGAUGCGUCUACUUAUGGUGCGCUGAACAGCUUCUUCUUGUUCUUUUCUUUUUUUCCCCCCCAAACAUACAUUUGAAAGAAGUGGAACCCAAUGGAUGCAGACCGCGUAGUCCCGCUUGGUAUCUUCAUACUGUGUUUGAUUUAGCCCACAACCAGAGACACCUUGAUGAAACAGCAGGAACUACGAGGACUGUUGUUGCAAUGGAGUCGAUUCUCUCACGGCUCAAAGCCCGUCUCUAAACCUUCAACAUCUCGUUUCAUGGCGUUUUGCAGGUUGCUCCGUUCCGUGGGUUUCACCACGCUCUUUUCCUGAAUAAUCAUCAAUAUUUUUACUCCCUUGUUUUUGAAUUAAUUCAUUCCUUUUUUGUUAAGUGCAACGGAAAAAUAACGUCCACUGUUCACAAAACUAUGAACGAGGAGAUGACAAAAAGCGAGGAGCAGCAUCUUAGUUUGCAGAAAGCCUUGCAGCAGUGCGAGUUGGUGCAAAAUAUGAUAGACAUAAGCAUUUCUAGUUUGGAGGGUUUACGGACCAAAUGUGCCACAUCCAACGACUUGACACAAAAAGAGAUACGAACGCUUGAGGGGAAGUUGGUAAAGUACUUCAGCCGCCAGCUGUCCUGUAAGUGCAAAGUGGCCUUAGAGGAACGCAGUGCCGAGCUGGAGGACUUUCCUCGCCUCGGCCACUGGUUCCGCAUUGUCAACUUGAGGAAAGAGGUCACACAGGAAAUGAGUCCAGGUGAGGUGACCCUGGAGGGCUUGCUGGAGAUGAGCGAGGAGCAGGUGUGUGAGCUGCUGCAAAAGUUUGGUGCCAGUGAAGAGGAGUGUGCCCGUCUCAACGCUUCCCUCUCCUGCCUCAGAAAGGCCCACCAGCUCGAACAACUUGAGGAGGAUAAAUUGCACAAUAAUGGAGGGAGCCAGACCAAACAAGACUGGUCCAUUCAGUGGCCCACAUCAGAAUCUGGCAAAGAAAACACUCCGGUGUGCCAGCCAGAGGCCAGUCAGUGGAUUCGGUUCCAGCUCUCUCAAAGCCCCAAAGUCCAGUCCAAGUACAACCAGCACAUGUGCCACAGCCCACAGGCUCUGGCCCCCCCUUUGUAUGCCGAUCGACUCACUGUCGACAGCCCCUCUUCAGGGCUCUUCCCUCCCUUGGACUCUGGUCAUCGCUCCCUGCCCCCAUCACCCCGCCAGAGGCAUUUUGGUCACACCCCUCCUCGGACUCAUUUGGUGGUCAACACCAUGACCCCACCUGGCACUCCUCCCAUGCGGCGAAGGAAUAAGGUGAAGGCCCCAGGAACACCACCUCCGCCAAGCCGCAAACUUAUCCAUCUUUUGCCAGGCUUCACCGCUCUGCACCGCAGCAAAUCCCAUGAGUUCCAGCUGGGGAACCGCUUGGAUGACACACAGACACCAAAAGCCAAGAAGAAGACCAAGCCCUUGAACCUUAAGAUCCACAGCAGUGUGGGCAGCUGUGAGAACCUGCCCACACAGCGCUCACCCCUCCACACUGAACGAUCUCUGCGAUCCUUCUUCUUCCCCUCUUUCAUCCCUUCUACACCACCUGUUCAUGCCGAAACACCCUCUGCAAACACUCUCUCAGUGCCUCGCUGGUCCCCACAGAUUCCCCGAAGAGAUCUGGGAAACUCAAUAAAACACAGGUUUUCCACGAAAUACUGGAUGUCCCAGACAUGCAUAGUAUGUGGAAAGGGAAUGUUGUUUGGACUGAAAUGUAAAAACUGCAAGCUGAAGUGCCACAACAAAUGCACCAAAGAAGCCCCACCUUGCCAUUUACUGAUCAUUCAGCGAGGCGGACGGGAAUCCCUCAAAGAUCAUCAAGGAACAACUCAAGUAGCUCGUCUGGUACGGACUGAAUCAGUGCCAUGUGACAUCAACAACCCGCUCAGGUACACAGACCUGCACAUCAGUCAGACGCUCCCCAAAACCAACAAAAUCAACAAGGAUCACAUCCCAGUCCCAUACCAACCGGACUCCAGCAGUAACCCCUCAUCCACCACCUCCUCCACCCCUUCCUCCCCAGCUCCUCCAUUGCCCAGCAGUGCCACGCCACCCUCCCCUCUGCACCCCUCCCCACAGUCAGCAAGGCAACAGAAACAGUUCAACUUAACAGCCUCCAGUUAUUUCAAAUACAAGCAACAGUUCAUAUUCCCCGAUGUUGCUCCCGAGGCUCCUCCCAGCCGAGCUCCGCAGGUCAUUCUGCAUCCCGUUCUUUCUGAACCAGGCAAUGAGGGCAACCCUUUGCUUCAAAUCGAAGUUGAACCUACAUCAGACAAUGAGGAAGGCAAUGAUGAGGACUCUGGUGAUGAGUUUGAGGAGAUGAACUUGUCGCUCCUGUCGGCUCGAAACUUCCCACGUAAGGCCAGUCAGACCAGUAUCUUCCUGCAGGAAUGGGACAUCCCCUUUGAGCAACUAGAGAUUGGGGAGAUGAUUGGUAAGGGUCGCUUUGGAAAGGUUUUCCAUGGACGAUGGCAUGGCGAGGUCGCCAUUCGCUUAAUUGACAUUGAGCGUGAUAACGAAGACCAGCUGAAGGCCUUCAAACGUGAGGUGAUGGCCUACCGAAACACUCGCCAUGAAAAUGUGGUGCUCUUUAUGGGGGCCUGCAUGAGCCCACCACAUCUGGCCAUCAUUACCAGCUUUUGUAAAGGCAGGACACUUUAUUCUGUAGUGCGAGAUGCCAAAGUUGUCCUGGAUGUUAACAAGACACGACAGAUUGCGCAAGAGAUGGUCAAGGGGAUGGGCUACCUCCACGCAAAGGGGAUCUUACACAAAGACAUGAAGUCCAAGAAUGUGUUUUAUGACAAUGGCAAAGUCGUCAUCACUGACUUUGGGCUCUUCACCAUAUCUGGAGUUCUGCAGGCUGGCAGCCGCAGAGAAGAUAAACUGAGGAUCCCCAACGGCUGGUUGUGCCACCUAGCCCCUGAAAUCAUCCAGCAGCUCUCUCCAGAAACAGAAGAGGACAAGCUUCCUUUCUCCAAGCAGUCAGAUGUCUUUGCUUUUGGCACCAUCUGGUACGAGUUACACGCACGUGAAUGGCCUUACAAGAGUCAACCAGCAGAGGUGAUCAUAUGGCAGAUCGGCAGUGGGAUGAAACCCAAUCUUGCACAAACUGGCAUGGGGAAGGAGAUAUUAGAUAUUCUGCUCCUCUGCUGGGCGUACAAGCCAGAGGAGCGACCCAGCUUCUCCAAGCUGGUAGAUUUACUGGAAAAGUUGCCAAAAAGGAACCGCCGCCUUUCCCACCCAGGGCACUUCUGGAAGUCAGCUGAGCUGUAAUGGAGACAUCGAUGGGACAGUGUCUUUGUGUGAAGCUCGUCCUCAGCUCUGCUCACAUCUGCUCCACCGCCUGCCUGCCUGCCACCCACCUACCCACCCUAUCUUGUCCCACCUUGCUUCCACAACCCCCACCUUUCCUGCUCCUUCUUCUUGCUCCAGCUCUUACACGUUCCCCCUCAUGCCUGAAUGGACCCUUUAGCGGUCAGUAUUGGCCCACUUUCCCAGAGUGGGUGACAAAACACACCGCAGACUUUCAAACAGAGAGGCCUUUCUCCGCUCUAUGCCUGAAGCCCUUCCCUAAAACACCCUGUGUCUUUCUGUUGAACACUUUCAACAAUCCAUACACCACCAUUCAUGCUACGUUGCAACUCAUUUUCAGCUGCAAGUAUGUUCUCCAGUAUCAUGACUGUGCAACAUAUCCUUCUUAGCUUUUUAAGCUUUGCUCUUGGGGGACAUUUUCACGGCAGCUCGCUACAAAAUUGUUAACUGCAACAUUUCAUUUUGCAAGUUGUUUUUUGUUGUUGUUGUUUGUUUUGUUUUGAUAUUUCUGACACUUUAAACUGAUUUGUAAAUCAUUUUUGAAGGCCCUAACCCUACCCAAAUUAUGUAUAAUUUCCACUGCACCACUUGAUUUUUCAUUUUUUUCUGGAUUUCUGUGCUUGUAACCAGUAAUAGUCCCACACUUAAGCUAACAAACUUGGCCUCUAGAAAUACCAAUAACAUGUUUCAAACUUGCCACAAAAAAUGCAUUUCUAUAAAACAUACUGAGAACGAUGAAAUAGAACGUCUGCAGCAAAUGAAUAACUUAGAUGUAGUAUGACACAAAGCUUUAGUCAGUGUUUAAAGAAAAAAAGAUCGCUGUUUUGUUUUAAUUUAAGGGCAAAAUGUCUUAAAAAACCACUGUAAGGUCUGCUCUUAUUUAACCACACAUGCUGUCACUGCUAAAAUACAGAUGGAAAUGCUUGCCUUUGGCAUCACAACUGCAAUAUAAAUUAUAGAACAAAACCCACCAUCAACCCCAGCCAUACAGCACUUGCAUAUUAUGCCAGUACAUACAUGUUGCACUACUACAAAAUGUAGUGCGUCAUACACUUGACAUUGCCUGUACGCAGGCUUCAAGAAAGGCAGUGAUCAUGUUUCAUAAGUUCCCAUAUGUAAAAUUUCUAAGAGGCUGGGUUGAUGUGAUUCUUAACAUCAAACGUCUGAACAUUCUGCACACAAAUUGUGGUCACUAAGCAGCUGUAUCUGUGCAGUUGGGAGGUCAAGUGCCUUUUUCAAGGACAUCUCAGCAGCAGGGGUUAGCAAAGCAAAAAGGUGACUCUUUUUUUGUCACUCAUAUUGCCCCAGUUGAUUUUCGGCAUUUCUAUCUGAAUCCAAAUGUGAGAACUUUACUGGUUGUACAAACCAGAAAUCAUCACAUCAGACAGUUUCUAUUUCUCUUCUUGCACAGAGAAAUUAUAGAUUGAAAGAAAGCUUUGCAUUUCAAAAUCUAAUCCAAGAUUUUCAAAUUUACCAGGCAAGUUUGAACAAGUCACUGCUUUUGAAAAAAAAAAAAAAAUGGAGAGGUGCAGUGCUGGUGGAGGGAAUCAAACCUUCCAAUGAGAGCAUCUCAGUUUAAUUGAUUCCAUUACAUGGUCUACUAACUUGGAAAUCGACACACCCAUUUGUCUGGAGUGACAAAUUAAUCUCUUCCAAGUGAGUGAAGAAGAAUGGAAUGAAUUCCAAAAACUCCAUACCCACGAGACGAAUGUUAAAAUACCUCUGCUGAUAUUCACAUCCAGUGAAAUGAAUGUGAGUUUUUGCUUUUCUCUGAGAGAUUUGCUUCUACAAUAUUAGAAUCUGUGAGUGAUGAGAAAUGUUUUGUGUACAUGCUAUGUGAGCAAAUUACAGAGACAAAAAAUGUGCUAUUUGGACGGAAUAUUUAUAUUUGUGUUUAUGAAAGACAAGACAAUAUUUGAAACUUUCCCCACACAUGCAGGUGUCUAAUGACCUCACAGCUAUGCAAUGAAAGCAAUGGACAUAAAUAAUCAUCAGUGACAGUUUUGUGUUUUGUAUUUAUUUAGCAGUCAGAGUCAACUUUUGUCUUUGAGUACACCUGUAACAUUUACAUAGAACUGAUGGAUGGUGUCACUUUUUUUCAUAGUGCAGAAAAUUUGAGACAUAUCCUCAAAGGAUGAUGUUUUGCUAAUUAAGAUGGAGCUUUCAGUGACCUCCCUGUGCACUCUUUAGUGAGAACACUUAAAGCCACAUCCACCAUAAGCUUCACUACUAGAAACAUAUAAGUGUCUACAGAGGCUGCCUGCAGAAUACUUUUAAGGAUUGGCGCUGUACUGCUCAGUUCAUGGCCACAACAUAGCUAAAUAUGGCAUAGUGCUCUAUUGUUCCCUUUGCAAAGAAUUCAAAUGUAAACAUGUCCGUCCUUGGACAAAAAGAAUUAGAAUUGUUCUGCCUGAAAUUGCUUUGCAGUUGUUUGUUUGAAUGGCUACUUUUAUAUGCACACAAUAAUGCCAUGAUUACCAAUAAUGUGAGCAAAGCAUGAGCCUGAUUAAGCCUUUGACGUGGUUUCAUACUGUGACAGCACCCCCACCCCUCCCCAAUUAAUGAAAUCUUUUUUGUGAUUGAUGUAUUAUGUUUGUGUGUGUGUGUGUGUGUGUGUGUGUGUGUGUGUGUGUGUGUGUGUGUGUGUUAAAGUGAAAUGAUGGCGGAACAUAAAAGGGGAAAGUUUUUUUUGUUGGUUUGGUUUGUUUUUUUUCUUUUCAGUAUGCUCCACUAAAAAGCUUGAGGCAGUGGCAACCAAGAGACACAAACAAGCUUUUAUGUUAUGUGCAUCCUGCCUGGAGCUGUACUGCCUUUUUACUGCCUUAGUUUUACACCUGGAACAGGAUCGCUUAAAGAAAUGACAACUUUUCUGUUCCAUGUGUGUCCUGGCAUUAAAGGAUGUAUAUGGUAAGUCUAUUUUUCUAGCAAUCAAGAAAUUCCAAGAAAUAAAAUACUUGUUAGUUCAAGUCUCACUUCCCUAUCUUGUGGUAAUAAUUUUAUUUAAUAAUCCAAGAUUUUAAAAAAGACCAAUUUAUAUACUUUCCUUUUUUUAUGUAAAAAUCUCCACCAUGUCUUUGGUAUUAAUUUGAAUUGUGAAGCGAACAUCAGCCACACUAGUGAGAAGUCUGAAAGUCCUAGCUGGGGCAAGCUGAUUUAGCACAGUGCUUUUCAGACAAUGAAGUAUUCUGCAUCCUGUGUGAGUGUACACAAUGUGGUCAGAGGACAACCACCAUUAGACCUAUUUCUCAGCAGUUCCUCUUAAUCUUCCUACAUGCACUUGGCUAAUAGGGCACCGUGGAGAUCAAACACUGUGGCAGGGCUUCAAAAAAUGAUUCACAGAAGAAGAAAGGCAGCACCAGACUGCAAAAUGAGGUGUUCUCAGCUCCUCUGCAUGCCUAAUUGAUCAAUGAAAUAUUUUCAGGUGACCCAAAACACAGUGAUCCAUGUAAACCCACUUUCCAUGACAAAUACAGAUGAGUACAUGCAGUUGAGAAAAUGAGAAGGUGAUUAUUUUCCUGCUGAGAACUGUUCAUGGUUCACUGUCGAGAGCAUCGAGGACAGACAAACAAGGCAGGCUCAGAGAGGUGGAACUCUGGAUACAUAUGAGGCUGAUGUGUAGGCUAAACAUGUGAGAAUGAUGCAGCCUUGUAGUGUGAUGGGGAAUGCUGAGAAACACCAUGAAAGUGUUUCAAUCUGACUGUUAUACCAGGGAGUGCAUUGAAAGGGCUUCUUACAAUACUUCUGUCAUUUUUUCCCCAGAGUUUUGUUUGGAAUGAUUUAAACUCAACUAUCUGUCAUCAAAUGAGUCAAACUUGAGAAUGUACAGGAUGAUGUCAAAUACAAGCAGCUUUUCCAAAAGGAGAGAACAUAUUAUCCUGAAUUUACACAACAACCUCCUUUCUGAUGACAACUGCUCAUACUGCUGAUUCAAAUGUACUCUGAAUCUGUCGUUAGCAUUUGAGUGGAUACUGUUUGUUGUAUAUUAUUUUUGUCCAGGCCUCAUCUCACUGUAAAACAUAUCUUUUUUGCUUCUUUUGUUGCCAUUAUUACCUUAAAAUGCUUGGCUGCAACUGUCAUAAUGCAACACUUUGAUGCCCCCCCCCCCCUCCAGAUUUCUGAUUUUGAUUAUGAAAAAAAAGAGAAAU